AUGCUAAAACGACGGGGAGGGGCGGUUGGUUUUGUAUUUUGUAGCUAGCUGCUCAACUGCUCGAGACAUUACACACAAAUCCGCCGUUUCUCCGACCGUUGUCGCUAACAACCAUUGUUAUUGGAUGAAUUCGGCAUGGAGAAGGUAGCGGAGCCGUCUUGGACUUCUUCGUACACCUAUCAGGUGAGCAAGCACAGUGCGGAGAUGCUACACAACCUCAACGUUCAGAGGAAAGAUGGAGGCAGGUUCUGCGAUGUGAUCCUACGCGUUGGCGAAGAGAGCUUCCCGGCACACAAAGCUGUGUUAGCGGCGUGCAGCGAGUAUUUCGAGACUGUGUUCAGCGGCCAGACGGAGGGCGACGGAGACGCCAGGGAGCUGGAGAUGCACACGAUCAGCCCCAAAGUUUUUAAAGACGUUUUGGACUUCGCUUACACCUCCAGGAUCGUGGUGCGACUCGAGUGCUUCCCGGAGUUGAUGACAGCUGCCAAGUUCCUGCUAAUGCGGUCCGUUAUUGAGAUAUGUCAGGAGGUAAUCAAACAAUCAAACGUACAGAUCAUGGUACCGACGUCGCGAGGAGGAGACGCCAGCCUCUUCCAGGCCACAGCGGCCGCGGAGCUGGGUUUCCCGGUGGCGCAGCAGGAUCUGGUAAACGGCACGGGGCUGCUGGUGAACGGUCAAAGCUUUGCUAACAAUGCACAGAUGCAUGUGGAUGGGAGUGAAGACCCCGCUAUUGUGUUAUUGGAGGAAGGACGCGAUCCUUCGAUGCCAAUGUUGGAGCCUGUCGAAGGACUGUCCGUUUACCCUUCCACGGAAAUACUGGGGAACACGUUUCAGCACGACGCUGUAUCCCCAGGGUCGAAAAGAAACCGGGCUAGAGCGAAGAAAGCUGCUGGGGUUAUGGAGGCUGUACACUUUAAUCACAGCACUCAGAAAGACAAUGGGCUGUUUCCAUGUGGGACAUGUGGUAAAGCGUUUACAGAGGCUUCCCGGUUAAAGAACCACGAAGCGCAACACGGAGCCCACCUCGGCGGUGUAAACAAUGUGAGUGACAGCCUGUCACUUACAGCGGGCGGCCUUUCUUUAAUGUCUCCGUCUGCCCUGGAGGAAAACGGCGUGCAGUUACACGGAGGGCUGGACAACGGUCGCAAACGGGAGAGGACCAGGCGGCAUGUCGGCUGUGAAAUUUGCGGUAAAGUUUUCCGCGACGUUUACCACCUGAACCGACACAAGCUCUCCCAUUCCGGGGAGAAGCCGUACGCAUGCCAUGUGUGCGGACUCCGGUUCAAACGCAAGGACAGGAUGUCAUACCAUGUUCGCUCCCAUGACGGCUCAGUCGGCAAACCUUAUGUGUGCCAAAGCUGUGGUAAAGGUUUUUCAAGACCAGACCACCUGAAUGGACAUAUCAAACAGGUUCACACAACAGAGAGACCCCACAAGUGCCAGAUUUGUAAUGCCUCUUUUGCUACAAGAGAUCGCCUCCGGUCACACCUUGCAUGCCAUGAGGACAAAAUCCCCUGCAAGGUUUGUGGCAAGUUUCUGCGUGCUGCCUACAUGACAGACCACCUCAAAAAACACAGUGAAGGGACGCAUAACUACUGUGGCAUUUGCAACAAAGGUUUCUCCACUGCAUCCUACCUUAAGGUGCAUAUAAAGACACACCAUGGCUCUCCACUGCCCCCCUCCGCCACAAUGCACAGCUUCCCUGAACCAAGGGGGGAGCUGCAGAUGCACAACGGCACCCCUUACCACAUGGGACGCCAGUGCUCAGUGGAAGACCUGUGCGCCAGUCGCCAGCUGCUUCUCACCUCCUCUGAGGCAGAGGGUCGCUUUCAUGGGCUCUCUGGACACACAGUUCUUCCCCAGCCUGGCCCUCCAGCCUUGGGCCUGCAGCCUGAGCUGCUCAUGGGGAAGGCAGGUGGGGCUCCAUAUUUCUGGGAUAUUCGCUCUGGUGGGGUGCCUGGCUUCCCCGUCCAUGAGCCUGCUGCAGACGGGCAGGAAAAUACUGGGAAGUGUCCUCACCUGGAAUCAGAAGAAUCCGAUCCUUCAUUUGGGGAAUUGUCCAACGGUGACGAGCUUAAAUCUCCCCACAAACCUGACGAGCCGGAGCCAGAGCUGGAGAUGCCCUCAUUGGCCUGUAAUGGGGCCUCUGCGGGGGCCCUCAGCUCUCCAGAGGGAUCUAAAGCCAAGACGGACCCUGAGAAGAAGUUUACCUGUGGCAUUUGCGGUCAGGCUUUCCGCACCAAGUCCUACCUCAACAAGCACCAGCACAGAGUUCACAAAGCCCAGAAGGCCCAGGGGGCCUCAGGGCCGGCCUUAAAUGAGCUGGGCCCCUCCCUGACCUCUCCCUUCUCCCCUCAACAGAACAUGUCUCUGCUGGAGUCUUUUGGUUUUCAGAUCGUCCAGUCUGCUUUCGCCUCUUCUCUGGUGGAUGCUGAGGCAGGUCAAAGUGGAAUUGACUUUGGAGCAAAGUGACUUUUUUGCUAACUUUCAUUUUAGGACAAAGCCGGGUUUCCCACAGAAGAUGCUCUGUAUUUGGGAAUAACUUUGCCUCAAGGUAACGUUCUGUUUGUUACGUCGCUUAAUGUGUAUCUUAUAUUUUUGUCACAGACUGCCAUACAAUUCCUACUUUUUCUACUUUUUCCAAGUAUGAAAAGGGCGUGCACGGUGUUUACAUGAAGGUUUUAUUUCCUUUAUCUGAUGUGGAUCUGUUGAAGUCAUGUUUGGUAUUCUUAUAUUUGUUUCUUCGCUGGUGUAUUAUUGAGCUUUCUUAGCUGCAAAAAAUGUACUUAACAUGAGAUGUUUUAUUUACUGCAAGCUUAAAACAAGUAAUUGUCUGUACGCCCACUUUAACUGCUCUGAUGUACUCGGUAAAUUGACCUUUGGCUCUUAGAAUGAUUUUUAUGUUUCAUAUUCCUUGUUCUCUUCAAGGCUGUAAACAGAUUUAUUUACCUCAGAUCAACCAGAGGGCUGAGUUGUGUAUUUAUGUAUGUAUGUUCUCGACUUCUUUUAAGGUGGAUUUUUGAUUUUCUUAAGGACAGGGACUUAAUUGGUCCUCGAUUUUGAUAGCAGAUUUUCUUUAAUCUAUGAUCUUUUCCCAAGAAAAAUCACAACAGGCCCACUGCAUAUUUUACGGCGCAUUUAUUGUAACCAACUCUUCAGUUUCAUUCCAAACGUCUCAGUUUGCUGGCCACACUUAAAUUAAUUACUAUUGAAAGGAUUACAGUUAGAGCUGGAGAUAAAUGUACUUUUACCACAAAGUUGCAUGAUCAUGAUAACCCCUUCACACGUUCUUUGUCUGUUUGCAUUGACGGUUGUGCACAUCCUCAGAAAUGAAUGCGAUGUACCCUCUAGACUGCCUGGUUAAAAAGGAAGAAUGUGUCCAUCCUAAGAAGCACUUUUUAAACAUGUGUUAUUGAAACCUAAAAUUUGAACUCUUGCAGCACCCACGCGAAGCUCACCUGGCCCCAUAGCAUCUGGCAAAAAAUAAUAAUUUAAUCUUAACCCAACAAAGGUAUAAUAAAGCUUCCUCGUUGAAGAAAAUUAGAAUCAACAGUUAAUUAUCAGGCCAAGAUCAUUCGAUUUUAAUAAAAAGCAAUGGCAAGCCAACCCCUUGUACUGACAGAAAAUCGAGAUGCCUACAAGAUGUCAGGGCAACUAACGGAUUAUAAAGCUCAAACAGCACGUCAUCUUUCUUUCUUUGAGCUUUCAUUUCUAUAUCCAAGUCUUUGAAACGGCUUUUAUCCUACUGGUAGAGGCAUCUUUUGUUCAUUAUUUGAAGCCUUUGGUGAUUCCGUUCACUCUGAACCUGAGCGAUUUUAAGUCUUAACCACAGUGCACAGUAUAUACCCUGCUGCAAUGGCCGAACUGAAGAUAUUUCUAAUCUUAAUGAAUUAAAAUCUAAGGUUCUUUUUGAUUUGAUUAUUUGUAAAUUAUUUAUUUAAAACAUGAAGAAGACAAAAUAUAAUUAGAUUAAUUUUCCAAGGUUAAAAUAGAUUUUACCUACAGAAUGUGUCUGGAAACAGUGAGCUUUGUUUCCCCCCUACACUAACAAUGUGUUAAAGAUGCGUUGAUCAGUCAUCAGUCAGCUGUGUACACAGGGACCAAGGUCAGGUAUAUAUUUUCAGUAUAUAUUUUGAAAAAUGUAGAUUAUAUUUUAUUAACUUAUUCAUGCCCCAGUGUUGUGUACAGUUGUAUUUUUUAUUGUCAAACAAAAAUCUUGUGAUUUGCUUGUUUUGAUAAUUUUUCACUCUAAAUUAUGUUAAAUAGAAAUGUGUUGUUGUGUGUGUUGUGCAACAGCUUGUGGGGUUAGGAGCAGCCUGAUCCACCAGCGUCUGGACCGACCAAACAAAAUGCUAGUUUUCUAGAGUCAAGCAAUUAAGCUCACUUUCUUUGUGUUCCUUCCUUUUUUAUCACGUGCACUACUUGCAUUGCUCUCCUACAUCCUGUCAGAUAUACUUAUUCCGUUAGAAGAAGACAAGUAUUGCUAAUGGCUACAUUAGCACGCAAGCCAUCCAUCUGAGUGUCCUGCAGUCAACUUGUGUUUAAUUCAAUUGUUGAACAAAGACAUUCCUGUAAUGAGGACGGACUAAAUUGAUGCUUCCUCGUCCCCUGUUUCUCGUUUGCUUUGUGGAAUUUGAAAUCUGACCCCACUGUUAACAGGAUGUUUUCCAGGCUCCUGAAUUAGCUUUGCAUCUGAAGUUGGCCGAUUGGAAGAUACUAAUUUGAAGAAACCAGGUCUGGAGAUAAAUUCCCUAUUAGUAGAUAUCAAUAUGGUUUUGGUUCAACACUCAAAAUCGAAAUUGCAGACCGUUUUCACAGUCAUACUUUUUCUGUAUUACUAAAACACAUAUAAGCCAUCAGCAGCAUCUUUCCUAAGAAGUGAUCCAAACGAAAUUGAUAAGAUUGAAGAAUAAAAUGCAAUCAUCUUUUAUCUUAUUGACCUCCAGCACAAAUAACACAUCAGGUGAUUAACAUGUAUCCCACAAGACUGUGUUUUUUUCUUAUUUUGUAAAAUCUGCAUUACGAUGCAAAACCCAAUCCAACUGUGCAGUAGCUAGCAGUGUCUGUGUGUGGUUUUAAAAAAAAGGGUGUAAACAUGCGUGUCUGUUUCUAUGUUAUAUUCUGUGUUUCUUGCUUUGUUUAAUUAUUAUUUGUGCAUAUUUUAGUCUCUUAAAUCCAGUACAUUCCUAUAUUAUUUAUGGUUAUUUUGUGAUUGUAACAAGUGUAUAUACCAUUCAUAUACACAUUCUAUAAAUAUAUAUAUAAAUAUAUAUGAACCAACCAGUAUGAGCAGUGUUUGUCAUGGUGGUCCUGUACAUAUAUAGAUUUUGUUUUUCUUGUCCAUCAUGUGGAGGGAUAUUAAGUUAUGGCCAUUUGAUUGGAAGUGUAAACUGCAUGUUCUGGCAUGCGAGCUGAGGUGAGGACUGAAUGUCGAUCACUGGUUGGUGGCAGCAAUGGUUUCACUGCUCACCUUACUGUCACUGGGCUCUGGUAGCGCUCACACUGCCAGUCGCACGAUUCAAGUCUCUGUGGUUUUUCUCCUUUUUUGAUCCACUCUGCACUAGUAUUUACUCCUUUAAAAGGUGAUAAGGGUUGUUUUUUAAUUAUUAUUUGAAAAGAAGUGGAAGAUACUUUAAGGAAAUAAUGUUCCUUUGUUUGUGUUCUCUACUGGGAUUGUAUGAUUUUUGUUUCACUCAUGUUGGUACUCGAGUGUAAAAGGUGUUUUCGUUGAGUAUUUACGCCUACAUGUCUUUGCUUUUCUGCUUUUGGUCUGUUGCAAAGUGCCUUCCAAAUACUGAUUGUGCACAGCAGUGGAUUAAAAAAGGUCCUCUUUUCUAAAGGUUAAGAAUUGUACAGAGUGACUUGCAUUGACACUUUUGUAUAAAAACACACAGAAAAUGUACAAUAUGUUAACUUGGUAUUUUAUCAUCGUACUCAACAGGAUAGCUCUUAUGACGUGUGAGCUACUUGAUUUGUUAUUUGGACAUAUUUCAAUAUAAGCAUAAUUUUCUAUAGAUAUUUGUUUUUGUACUCUGUUAUUGAGUCUCAUCCCUCUUGUUGGUACAGAGACGAGCGACAAAUAAAUUGCAAUUGAAAAAGA